CUGAUUAGUCAAGCUAUUGUCACAGCCGCUCGCGAGUUGCAUGAUGAGACAUGUUCGGAUGAGGAAUUCACCCUCACCAUCUCUUCCAUUCACGUGGCUUACGAUCGCAUCGAGAAACGUUUGGCGAACUUCUGCCAACUAGUACAGGCUCAACCAGAUAUUGUAACCAGCCUUCGGGAAGUUAUUCCUCCAAACGAAACGGAGAUGGUCCUUGAUGCCGUCGCCCUAGAGAUUUGCUUGUCCAAACUUGAACCUGGUGCUGAAGAGUUUGACGAUCCACAGACUCGCUUAGUGUGGUGUAACAGAGUGUUGAGUAUCAGAACAAGUGCUGAGAACAUGAUCAGUAAUCUUUCACCGUAUGGCCGUAAAGUAAACCACAUUCUACGUAAUUGCAGGUCAACUUGGCAGAGAGUAAGUGCUGUGCGAUUGUUUAUUGAACAUACCUGCCUUGGCACAGUUGCAUGCCACCCAGCCGAUGUGAAGAAUGUUUUCAAACUGUGGAAGGCAUUAGGUGAUGAGACAGACUUCACUAAACCGCAAACAAUGCUAGUUAUUGAAAAGUUUCUUGUGGAUUGCAGUGAAGCUGUUAGUAAACGUUAUACCAGUUAUGGUGUGAAUACCUGUCCUGUGUGUCUGGAUGGUCUGGCUCAGAAGGAUCCUGUUAAAAUGCCCUGUGGUCAUGUUGUUUGCCUUGUUUGCGUCACUAACUGGAUUGAAAGGGAGAGAACAUGUCCGUACUGCAAGGGAGACGUACCGGAUGAUUUCAAGAUCUUACCCACCAGAUUAAUAAGGAAAGCUGUUCGAGAACACUUCGACUUCCGUCGUCGGUGUAACUCCUUCUUCAUGGAGCUUGUCUCACUGUUCUGUUUUGGCAAAAAGGACGAUGAGGGUGUUAUGGAUCCUGAACUGUUUGAAAUGUUCAUGAGUUAUGUAAUAGAAGCCAGUUCAAAGACUAAGGAUUUUUCUCCUUUUCCGGAACAUGUUAUUCACAACAAGGAAAGCAUUUUCAUAAUUAAGUUAGGUUGA